AUGGAUGAAGGUAUAGAAAUUUCCAGUGAUGGAAAUUCCCUGAUCAAAGCAGUCCAUCAGAGCCGGCUUCGCCUUACAAGACUCUUGCUGGAAGGCGGCGCCUACAUUAAUGAGAGCAAUGACCGAGGGGAAACACCUUUAAUGAUUGCUUGUAAGACCAAACAUGUUGACCACCAGAGUGUCAGUAAAGCCAAAAUGGUUAAAUACCUAUUAGAAAACAAUGCUGAUCCCAACAUACAGGACAAAUCUGGGAAAACUGCUUUGAUGCAUGCUUGCUUAGAAAAAGCUGGUCCUGAAGUUGUUUCUUUGCUCCUAGAGAAUGGGGCUGACCUCAGCUUGCAAGACCACUCUAGUUACUCGGCCCUCGUUUAUGCUAUAAAUUCAAAAGACAGAGAGACCCUGAAAGUCCUACUUAGUGCUUGCAAGGCAAAAGGGAAAGAGGUCAUUAUCAUAACGACAGCAAAAUCGCCCUCUGGCAGGCACACUACCAAACAGUACUUAAAUAUGCCUCCUGUGGAUAUGGAUGAGUGUUAUUCCCCAGCCACCUGUGCCACUCCUUCAGAAAUAGACUUAAAAACAGCCUCAUUGCCACUAUCACAUUCUUCUGAAACUGAAAUGACACUUUUUGCCUUUAAAGAUCUGGAACCCACAGGAAGCAGUGAUGCUAUGGGGGACCCAAGCUCCCUCUUGAGGAAGCCUUGUGUGGCCCCUAACGCGCCCAAGCUACCUCAGGCUCCACACUGGAUCAAUCCCCCCUCAUUAAUGCACCAGAACAGAGUGGCCUCCUUACAAGAGGAGCUCCAGGAUAUUACUCCAGAGGAAGAAUUAUCCUACAAAACCAAUGGGCUCGCACUUUCCAAGCGAUUCAUCACUAGGCACCAAAGUAUUGAUAUAAAAGACACUGCACAUUUGUUAAGAGCCUUUGAUCAGGCCAGCUCAAGAAAGAUGUCAUAUGAGGAAAUAAAUUAUCAAUCAUUUUUUUCAGAAGGAAAUCAGCAAUGCAUUGACAUCCCAGUUGACCGGGACCCAGACUCUAACCAGACAAUAUUUACUUCCACCUUAAGAAGUAUAAUUCAAAAAAGAAACUCAGGAGCAAAUCACUAUAGCUCUGAUUCCCAGCUCUCAGCUGGUCUCAUCCCUGCAACUUUAGAUGAUGGCAAAACAUUUAUAGGAAAGAAAAAGAUCCUCUCACCAUCUUCUUCUUUGUUGUCAGGAUCCAAAGAAUUGUUGGAGAAUAUCCCACCAGGUCCCCUGAGCAGGAGAAAUCAUGCCCUUUUAGAAAGGCGUGGUUCAGGAGCUUUCCCUUUAGAUCACAGCAGUACACAAACCAGACCAGGAUUUCUGCCACCCUUAAAUGUGAAUCCUCACCCUCCCAUCUCAGAUAUCAAUGUCAGCAACAAGAUUUCCAGCCUUCUUUCUUGUGGUCAAAAAAUGCUUAUGCCAACAGUUCCUAUUUUCCCCAAAGAAUUCAAAAGUAAAAAAAUGUUGUUAAGGAGACAAUCAUUGCAAACAGAACAAAUUAAGCAAUUAGUUAAUUUUUAA